GUUUGAUCAUACUCAUCAUUAUUUAAACUAGAAUCAAUUUUAUGCAAAAUAGUGACAUGAAUUUUGAUUAGAAAGUUGUUCAAAGUUCAAUUUUGUUUGUGGUUGUUUUUUCUUCUUUCGAUUCAUUCAUUCAUUCAUUCAAAGUAAUAAAUUACUUUGUAAAAAGUAGUAGCUUAGAUACAAUGAUGUAUCCAUAUCCAUGUUUUUUUACCCUUUCUCUUCUUAUAUAUCGUUCGAAUCCGAUGAAAUCAACCUGCUCAUUUCAACAUUGAGUAACAUACUACUGAUUUCAAUAAAUAUUUGUAUAUAUAUAUACAUACUGAAGUCUAUCUAUAUAUGCCGAUCAUGUCUUUAAGACAUGUAUCUCCAAGAAGCAAAGCACCACCACCACCACCAUCAUCUCUACAACAAUCAAACAGUAUCUCAUCUGAAAGAGAUUACAAUUAUCAUACUAAACAUUCAUAUGAUCUAUACAAUACUACUAAUAAUACUACUAAUCAUUAUUAUCUGAUUGAUAAACCAUAUAAACAUAACAAAUCUAAAUAUAACAAUGUUUAUCUAUCUCAUAAUAAAUUAUUCGAUAUAUUAAAUGUUACAAAUGAUAGAAGAAAUCAUCAAUUCUUAAAACAGACUACAUCGAAAUUGGAUACUUCUAUAGAUACCUAUUCAAUCCCAUCUAAAUUGCGUUCAAUGCAGAAUUACGGCGCAAGUGUUUCAUCGGUCAAUAAUUGUACUACCAAUACUACCACUACGACUACUACGACUACUACUACUACUAUUACCAAUACUACUACUAAUAAUAGUAAUAAUAUGAGUAAGGAAUCAUUUGAAAAUUCAAAUUUAAAAAAUCGAUAUUCUAAAUCAAUUCAUUGCCAAUCACCUAUUAUACAUGUACGAAAUCAUAUGCAUCAUAUUAGUAACCAUAGUAACAAUAAUAAUAAUAAUAAUAAUGGUACUAUUAAUCAUAAUCGAUUAAAUGAUGGAUUUAAUUUCCUUAAACAUGUUCAUAAAUCAAAAAAAUAUUUAAAUAUACGUCAAUAUUCAAUCAAUAAUUCAUAUGAUGAUGUAAUCAAUUUGAAUAAAUUAACUGAUUCGAAUCAUUAUUUAUGUUCGGGAUUACGUUCACAAGAUAAUUUAUCAUUGAAUAAAUAUGUAUUACCAACCUAUAGACAAGAGAAUUCAUUUGUAAAAUAUAUCACUUUGGAGAAUCAUAGUAACAGUAAUAGUAAUAGUAAUAGUACUAAUAGUCUUCAACAACAACAACAUCGUCAUCAAACCACUGAUAGUAAUCAUAAUCCAUUAUUAACUCGAUCUAUUCAUUAUGAAAUUGAUCAAAAUGACAAAUCAAAAUCGAUAAAUAUCACUACGACUACUACUGCUGGUACAACUUCUUCGAUUACUACAACGAAUAGUUCAGUUGACAAUCUAUCAGAUCAUUUGAUUUCAUCAACAAAACCUCUAUCCAAAUUAGUUCCACCAUUAAUAGGACUUAAUGAAAUUCAUGUAAAUGAUUCACAAACAUUACAACAUGAUCUAUGUAUAAGUAGUAGUAAUAAUGACAAUGAUAACGAUGAUGAUCAUGAUAAUGAUGAUGAUGAUGAUCUAAGUAAUCCAUGUCAUAGUCAACGUGAUCAAUCUAUCAGUAAUAAUAAUAAUAAUAAUAAUAAUAAUAAUGAUCUAUUAAUCAAUAAUCAUCAUCAUCAUAAUCAUUGGCAAGAUUCAAUACAAUCCACUUGUUGGUUACCAAAAGUUGCUAUGAAUUCAAAUCGUACAAAAUGUGAUGAAAUUUUAUCAACAAAUUGGAAUUUAUUAACAAUGAAAAAUUGGAAAUCUGAUCAAGAAUUAAAACGUAAAAUGGGUUUAUUGAAUCCUCAUCAUCAUAAUAAAUUAGGAGGAGGAGGAGGAGGAGGAGGAUUUUGGUUUCGUGAAAAAGCAUUCAAUCAUACAAAAUCAUUUAUUCCUGGUAGACGAAGAAUAGAACAACAACACCAACAACAACAACAAUCAAAAGGAAUGUCAUUUAGUGCUAUAGUGAAUCAUUGUCCAUUGAUUAAUCAAUAUUUACCAUCAAAUAAAGUGUUACACUGCCAAUUCGAUACGGGACCAAUGGAACAAACUGAAAUUUUUAGUUUACCUGAAGCCAAGUCUAAAUUUUCCAUUGAUAAUUCACUUCUUAACUCAAAUCGAAUUUCUUCAAUACACAAUAAUAAUACUACUAAUAAUACUACUAAUACUACUGCUACUACUACUAAUAAUAAUAAUAAUAAUAAAAAGGUUAAAAAUACCAAAUCUCUCAUACAAUCUAAUAAUGAUUCAAUGGAUGAUUUCAAUAAAACAAUCAAAUGUAAAUUCAAUCAAUUACAAUCAGAUACAAAUGAUACACCCUUAUCAUCAUUAUUAUCUAUUCAAAAUACACAACAUUUUAUAACAAAAUACCCAGAUACUAAAUUAUAUUUAAAUGAAAAAGCCCCAGCAAUAACAACAACAACUAUGAAUGGGUCAAAUGUGAUUCAACAAUCAAAGGAUAAUCUCUCUUUAAAAAUCAAUCAUCCUAAUGAAUAUACACCAUCAUUAUCAUCAUCAAGACGAUAUCAACAUAGUCAACAAUGCACUCAUCAUAGUGAUUAUGAUAAUGGAAUACAAUUGAAAGAUAUUUCAAAUCGUGAAUUAAUUCUACCAUUACAUACUACUACUACUACUAAUACUAAUACUACUAAUACUACUACUACUACUACUAAUAAUAAUAAUAGUAAUGGUAAUCAAUUAUGUACCGAUGAUGUAAUAAGGGAUAAAUUCAAAGAAAAAUCAAUAUUAAUUGAAUCACAAAAAUUAAAUAAUAAUCAACAACAAAAUGAUAAUGAAUUAAUAAAAUUUCAUGGAAAAAUUAAUAUACCAAUGACACCACAUACUGCAUUAAAUAUAUAUGGCAAGAAAUUAACAUCAUAUGAAAAGGAGGAAAUAUUGAACUUUAACAAAAUCUGGUAUCUUGGUUUAUCUGCACAAAAAAUCGAUGCAAUUCAAGGAUCUCCAAGUAAUCAUGGUUAUGAUGAUGAAACUGGUGGUUAUUUAAAAAUAACCCAUGAUCAUAUCGCUUAUAGAUUUCAAACAUUGGAAACUUUGGGUAAAGGUUCAUUUGGUCGAGUGAUACGAGCUAUUGAUCAUAAAUCAGGAUUUCCAGUUGCAAUAAAAAUUAUUCGAAAUAAAAAACGAUUUCAUCAGCAAGCUCAAGUGGAAGUAGCCAUUUUAGAGAAUUUAAAAAAAGCUGAUUAUAAAAACAUUCAUAAUAUUAUACAUAUUAGAGAUCAUUUUACAUUUCGGAAUCAUUUGUGCAUUGUUUUCGACUUAUUAGGUUCAAAUUUAUAUGAUCUUUUAAGAAAAAAUGAUUUUCGUGGUUUCACAAUUCAUUCAUUGAAAAAAAUCACAAUUAAAUUACUCAAUUGUUUGUGUUUAUUAAGAAAACAAGGUAUUAUACAUUGUGAUUUGAAACCAGAAAAUAUUCUUAUUGGUUUAAAUAAUCCAUCAGAAUUAAAAGUUAUUGAUUUUGGUUCAAGUUGUUUUGUAAAUCAAAAAACCUAUACGUAUAUUCAAUCACGUUUUUAUAGAGCACCAGAAAUUAUAUUAGGUAUAUCUUAUGGUCCACCAAUUGAUAUGUGGAGUUUAGGUUGUAUUCUACCUGAAUUAUAUACAGGUCGUCCAUUAUUUCCUGGAGAAAAUGAAAAUGAACAAUUGGCUUGUAUUAUGGAAGUACUUGGUUUACCAUCUGAAUUACAACUUGAAAAAGCCAGUAGACGAAGAGUAUUUUUCGAUUCAAAACGUACACCAAGAUAUUUAACCAAUAGUCGAGGACGUAAACGUAUACCAGGCACAGAAACAAUAGAAAAUCUAGUCAAAACGGUUGAUUUAAAAUUUAUCAAUUUAUUAAAUCAAUGUUUAACAUGGGAUCCAGAUGAAAGAAUUACACCAAAUGAAGCUUUAAAUCAUGAAUGGAUUAUACGUGAAACUGAACAAUCUAAACAAAAUGUUACAUUUCAAACAUUGGAACAAACUAAUUCAGAGAAUAAACAGAAAGAUACAAUUGCUUAA